AUGGAAAAAUGUAAUGUCACAAAAAAUAACGCAAUUAAGUUGUCCCAAUCAAAUAUUGAAUGUCUUGAUAAUGAGUUAUGGGGAUCUUCAUAUACCAGUAAACAUGUUUAUUCCUGUUGUGAUCUUUUUGCUCCAUUCAAUUGUUCAGAGAGAUGUAAAAAAUAUCUAAUGAAUCCUUUUAUGAAAGAAGAAGAUCGAGUUGUUGAGGCAUUAAAAUGUGAUAUCCCAAAUGAUAAUGAUCCCAAAUAUUGUCAUCUUACAUUAAAAAUUCAAAUGACAAAUUGUUUUGGAAUGUGUAUAAAUUAUUUUUUAUAUACAUCUAAUGUUGAUGAACUUUAUAACCCAAAAAGUAUCAAUUAUUUUCUUCUCCCAAAAAAUAAAUUUUAUAGAGAUUGUCGUAAAACUAUAAAAUUUCAAAAUUUAAAACCAUGUAUUGGUGGUGAAAUUGAUAAGUAA